UCACAUCUUAACAAAGUUCCGGAGAACUUCCAAGGGAUGCUAGACGAAGAUAAAGCGCAGUCAAAGGUCGAUACUCAGAUUCGUCCACGUGCAAGGAGAUCUACUGAGGAGAUACCCCAGCUACGAACUGAAUCCUCAGCAAUGCAGAUGCCAGCUGCUUCGCAGCCAGGUUUCCAGCCGGCUCUGCCAAGUGUUCCCGUUCCUGACUCAACUAGAAGCGAUGGAGUUGUUAAAUCUUCAGAGUUUCUGCUGCCAGAUCCUCACCCAGCGCCACCAAGUGUUCCCAUACCAGUCUCCACCAGAAGUGGUAGAAUUGUUAGGAGGCCUGCGUACCUGAGGGAUUUUACUACCUAG